AUGUCUACUGAAGAUAAGCAGGUUUGUGAGGCAGUAGUUGAAUGGAAAGAGAUAGGACAAGAAGACAGAGAGGAUUCGGGAAUCAGUGAUUAUGGAGUGUCAUUAGAUAGCCCAUUAGCACAUUCAACUAGUUAUCCCAAGACACCGGGACAAACGAUGAGAAAUAAGUCCGUUUCAGAGGAUGCAGAUAAGUGGUCGAUGUUGGUAGACUUGAUAAAGGAAAAUAACGCAUCAUUAGAGAAAGGUCUCAGAGAAUCGUUAGAGAAGGGUUUGCAAGAAACUAACGCAUCGUUAGAGAAGGGUUUACAAGAAACAAGAGAAUCACUAAAGGGUUUACAAGAAACUAGAGAAAGCUUAGAAACGUCAUUUAAGGAAACUCUAACACAAGAGCUCAAAACAUUGGAAAGGAAGAUAGAAUGUAAUCUGAAGAAGGAAAUGCAGGAGUUACAAGAACGACUGAAGAUGGACAUCGACGAGAGAGAGAGGAAGCUACAGAAGAGCAUAGACCAAGUCCAGGGAGACGUGGAGAAGAUGGAAGGAAAGUUAACAAAAAAGAUGGAAGACGAUAUUGAAGAAACGAAAGCCAAAUUGGGAGAAAGAAUCAACGAAGUGGAAACAAAUUGCAAUCAUCGAAUCGCCAAGGUGACGCAGAUGCAGAAACAAUGCAAUGAUGCGGUUAAGGGGAUAGGAGAUAGGCAAAACCAACUGGCUGUCAAUCUGAGAAAUGCUAUAGCCGUGCAACGAGAAGAGGAUAACAAGAGGGUUGCAAUGGAGGAAAGGCAAUUACAACAGGGAGUGCAGAAAUUGGAGAGCAAGACAGAAGAAAUUGAUAAACGAAUUAGCAAUGCCACUUUAACCGUUGGGGAAGGUAGAGUCGUUACCUUGAUGAACAGUGAUAAUCGGUACAUCCAAAAUAAUACAGGGCAGAAAUUUAGACCGAAAGGAGGGUUGCACCCAAUGAUAUUUAUGAAAUGGUUAAAAGGAGUUUUCCCAGCACAUCUUAAAGACUCAGACAAGAUUCAGUUUGCAAUAGAUAGAAUGUAA